GAUGCUGGUCAAUGGUGAUGGAGCUUUAGGAGGCAGCAGUUGCAGGGUCCAAUGAUAGUACUAGUAGAGUGGAGACUUGAUACUUGAUAGUACUGUGCAUAUUGAAGUGAAGACUAUGAAUUGCUAUAAACUUGCAUCAGUUUGCUCUACGGCUCUCUGAAUGCUGUGUGAUUUUAGGAUGCAACGGCAUCGUUUCGACUCUUACUGCAUACCGUGCUCCGUUUUUUCAAAUCUGCUUGUCUGCAUCAUCAUCUGCUUGUCGUCUUAGCUAUCAUGAAUCUGCAGCUUCAGUACACCUUCAUACUUUAGUGUAAUCAUCUGUGACCAAGCUGCUCCAUUUAGACUACCGUGUUUGGCUGGUUGGAGAAGAUGAGACCCUUGUUGUUCGUCAUAGCUGGUUGUGAGGGGGCAUAGGAAUCAAAAGUUCUGUUUCUGGAUGUUGUAAAAAUCUACACAAAGAGUUGAAAAGGAAGUUAACUGCACAUGCCCCUUUGCUUGAACAUUUAAGAGUCGCAACGUAGUAACGUACUUCUCAUCGCUUUUUUAUGGACUUGACCUCCAUACUUGUUGAUGCGACUCAGUAAAAGUACUGCCCCAACCUCUGUCCUCAGGAAAAACUUUUAAAAAAUUGGACAGUGUGACAUCAAUUAAAAGACCUUCAGCAGGUAAGGUUAUUUUAUUUACCUGCUUGCAAUUUGCGUGUUUUGUAAACGCGCUCCUUUGUUUCUGACAUGUCUUUGCCGCUUGAUUGUUUUGUGAUUGAGAUAGAAUUUGAAUGCUCAAAUUGCAGUAGAAUGCAUUGUCAUUUCAUUUCAAAAUUUGGUUACCUGCCUUCAUUUGAUAUUUACAUAGCUCGAUUACAUUGCAUCCAUUGCCUAAUACUUCCUUUGUAGCAUCUCUUGUGAGUUGUGACGAGACUUAGGAAGUUUGUAAUUGCAUUUUAGUGCAUUAGGCUGGUGUCAUAAAUGUUCGGGAAGUUCUUUUUUUUUUUUUUGGGAAAAUAGUUAACUUUUUUGAGAUCGUUUCCUUUCUAAUGUGUGGAAUAUUAGGUUUGGACCUUGGGUGGUCUACAAUUUUAAUCCCUGCAAAACAAUUAUCGAACUUUGUUGGAUGUCCUUGAAUCUAUGCUUGGCUUGACUUACAAAAGGUUGCUUAUUUGCUUUCUUUUUGAAGACCUGGUUUUGAAUAGUAGCAAACUGUGAAUGGCUUUGAGUUUUUAAAGAUUGCUUCUUUGCUUUGUUCUGAUUCUUUUAGAAGAGUUGAUUUGGGUCACAUAAUAUUGUAACACGGAUCGUAUGAGGUGUAGCUUUUAUGGUUACAAUUCUCACAAGGUGAUGUGCUUAUUCAUGGAAUGUGUCAUAUGCCUGGUAAUGGAUAUAUCUGGCAGGUAUGCGUUGCUUAAAUUCACACCAACUCUUUACUAAUUCUUCUCUGUCGUGACCUUGUAUUUAAUGGACCAACAUUGCCUUGUGGAGUUGUAGUCUCGAGGUGAUUAUUUGUUUAGGUGGAUAUGCACGGUUUGUUCACCUGUUUGCAUCAUAAUCCUUGGAUGUAAACUUAGGUGUUGUUUGGUAGACAUAAAAACAUGGUAAGUAGAACUACCUAGGAAGGGGAAUAUUGUGGUGUUGUUUGGUUUACAAUAACAUGGAGGGGAAUAUUGUGGUGUUGUUUGGUUUACAAUAACAUGGGAAGUCACACUUCGUAGGAACUCUCACUUCCCUCAAAAUGGAGGAAGUUCCCAUACUUCCCAUGCUCAAACCAAACAACAUUUCGUACUUCCUAGGAAAUGUCAAUACAUGGGAAAAUCUUCUUCCUAUGAACUUUUACUUCCUACGAUCAACCAAACGUUACCUUAAGAGAAGAAGGUGACUGAGCUGACAGGCAUUGACAUAUCAUUUAUCAUAUAUCAUUGUCUACAAAGUAAGUGAAUGAUAUAACUGGAUUAUUCAUUUAUUGAGUGUUUAACACUUUAACUCCCCUGUGCUGCAUGGAACUUUUUUAUUUUUUGAGACCCACUACAGUGUAUGGAAAUGUUGUUGGAGUUUUGCCAUGAUUUUGAAGAAACCAGGCUUCUUGUUACGUCCUUCAUGUGAGCGCUCGGGACAUCUUUUGUAUGUACUCUUCAAAAUCAACUAAAUGAUUGAUUUUUCAGUAUGGAGACGGAAGAUUGAUUGACCUCUAUGUAUUGCUUUCUUAAUGCCGGAUGAUAUUUUUAAAACAUAUUUUGUAUGUUCAUGCCAUUUGAUAGUAUAGUUUGUCAAUUUUUGAAUUAGUAUUUUUGGGUGCAUAAAUGAUGUAAUUUUGGAGUGAUAUUUUCACUGUUCGUUUCUUCUCGGCUGUUCUGAUUUGUUUAUAUCCUGGUUGUGGUUCGUGCUUAUGAUGCAAUUAGGUGUAGUGAAUAAAACUCAAAUGGUCAGUGGGUAUCUUUAAGCCCCAUUUAUCAUUUUCAUGUAUCGUUAUGGGAAUCAAGGAAGAAAUAAAGGAUAUUUGUAGGUUUCUCUCCAUUGUGUUAGUUUAUUCAUUUUUUAGAUAGUUUUACUUGUUGAUUUAACUUGCCCUUUAGCUCAUACCAAUGGGCAACGGGGACGUAAAACGGUUUUUUUUUCCGUAUCAUGUUAAGAUUGAAAAUUACGAACUUUGAUAUUUCCAAUACCUCCAAUACCUCUUUUCCCUGACAGCCCGUUUAGUAGCUGGUUGCAAAUUGUGUUAAGGGAAAUAAAUUUGUAUGUAAAUUUGUAAAGAAAUUAAUAUUCAUUUCCAUGGUAAUGCUAGGUCACUCAAAAUUAUCUCUUUUUCAUUAUAAAUUUUUAUUAUCCUCCAUUAUCAUUUGAGGGAGUGGUUUUAGGUGAGAUUUGAAAUUUAUAAAGAAAAGUAGCAAGUUUUUAGACAAAAUUUCAGUAUCAUGGACAUCAUGAUUUAUUUUCAUCACCAAACUAUACUUGGAUUUAUUUUCAUUCCCACCAUUUAUUACCGGCUACUAAACGGGCAGUGAAAGCUUUACAUAGCUUUACAGAUAUGAAAACGGAGGAAAGAUAUUGUUGAUUUUUUUUCCAUUGUCAUCAACUUGCAACCCUGAGGAAGUUUCAGGGCACCAAUCAUUAUGAUAGUGUCCAGAAUUGACUUGUCAAAUUUAAAGUCAACGGUCAAUAGUGUAGUUUGAAAAUGAAAUAAUGGAUUGAUUUAAAGUUAGCUGAAUCGAAAGCUUAUCUGAAAAUAUUGAGUGAAGAAGCUUGUAUCCAAAAAAAUUAGUAGAAAUGAGUGCAGGGAAUGCUGAAGCUUCCUUACAGCCCAAAGACAAAGAUAUCGAGUCUCAAAAUGAGAGGUUGCAGGAAACUGGAGAAGGAAUUGGGAUCGUAGAUGGGCAAGGUAUCAAUCAUCUGAAGCAGUUGAAGUCCUUUGAAAUUCUGAAAUCAGCUCUGAAAAUCUUUAAAAGUAAUACCAAGUUUAUGUUCUUAAUGAUAUUGUCUAUUCUUCCUUAUUUUGUUUUUAUGGUCUUUUAUGAGAUGAAACUUCAGAAAUCCAUAAUUUAUGCCUCAUCGAACCCACUACUAAAUCACCAUCCUAUAAAGAUGCGAGCUACUCGUAUUCCCCUUGAUGUUAUUAGUUCCAUACUGAAAAAUAGUGUAUCGUUCUCCCAAUCAGUAAAUCAAACCCAGCAGUACUACAUCAAUUACUAUGAUGAUGAUGAUAACACUAGUUAUUUGAACAAAAGAAACGAGUUUUUCUCAGAUUCACUGCAUCUUUGUCUGUUUUAUUUGUUUCUUUACCCUCUUCUGGAAUUCCUGAGUUUGAGUAUAACCACGAAACUCGCAACAGAAGUUCAUGCAGCUGAGAAACAGUCGACUCUCAGAGAGUUGCUUCACCAGAAGGUUAACAUAAAGGGUCCUUUUAUUACCUAUCUUUAUGUGCACUUGCUUUCAUCUAUGACUUUGUUUGGUCUUUUUUGGAUAGUAGUUUGGAAUCACCUUAGCUACUCUUUUUCUUUACGAUCUCCAAGUAUUGGGUUUGUUCUGUACACUGCAAUUCAAUCAGUGAUGUUCCUAGCUCUGCUCUACAAGUUCAUGGGUUGGAGUGCAUUUUGGAACAUGGUAAUGGUGAUUUCUUUUACACAAGACCUAACUGGGGUCGCGGCAUUUGGGUUGUCCGAUUAUUAUGGAAGACAUUGUAAGAAAACCGGAUUUCAUUUAAUGCUCGGAUUUUUCGUGUUUGGUAAUGUUCUGAGGCUUCCCUGUUUGUAUGCCGGAUUGUGUAAUGGAAGUGAUGCUGGUGUUUGGAUCACUUGUAUUGUUAUGAUUUUCGUCUCGAUUGGAAAUUUGGUGAAGUGGGUUGCUUUUGUGUUGUAUUUUUACCAUUGCAAGCAGCAAACUAUGGAAAAGAAGAUUGAUGAUCAAGAGCAGGACAAAACUGUAAAAGCAGCUGCUGUUCACUCUUGAUUUUGGAUUGAGAAUGACAUUUCUGGAUUAGCUUGAUUUUUGAGUCUUUCUCUUUUGUUUUAGUUAUUUUUUGAGGGUAAGAAUGUAAUACUUGAAUAGUGUAAAAGUUUAUUUAGUUAGAACUUCCAACUUGGAAGUAUAUUAUAUCGAUAAUGGCCUAGUGGCCUUCUGUUCUAAAUAUUGUGGAGGACAACAUUUGCCAUCAGUAAUAAAAGGGUGCUACGACAGGAGCCCGGUUAGCCAGUGUUUGGCCAAGCUCUUGAAAGUGUUUAUCAACCUGAGAAGCUGAAAUAUGGCCAGUUGUCGCAAGAGAUGCUUAUGACUAAAGAUGGUUGUGGGCUGGGCUGGGCUAGCCCGAAGCCUGACUCGGACACGAAAAAAAGCACAGUCUGACUCGAGUACGAAGCCGUGGACCGUGCCCAAGCCACAUGUUUUUUGAAAAAGCGCGACAAAGCACGCUAAAUUCAGUAAAAUUAGGCUUAGGCACGACGGUUGGCCCGAACGACACGACAACCCUUUGGCCUGAGCUCUAUUUUAAACUUCUCGACCGGACCCGACAUGAUACAAAGUGGGCUUGGCCCGGCCCGGCCCAACCCAACCCAACCCAAAUCCAUCUUCAUUUAUGACUCGACUUGAGUUUAACAGUCGAACUAGGCUCGAACUCAACUCGCUCGAGAUGAGGUUUUAUAUGAAUACAGACGAAUAUUGUUUCUUGGUUAAUUAAAACAUACUUCCUCCGUUUAGAAAUAUUUAUUCCACUUUCACUCUCUAUAAAAGUUACCCUUAUCA